CCGAGCGCAUCAGUAUUACGUAGACUCUAGCCGCGAAAGGAACCAGAACCAGCAUGACGAACUCCAACUCCAUGGAUUGUGAGACCUGCUAUUAUGUGGAUAUUAGCAAGUCGUGGCUCAGCCAGACCCAAGGCUAUACGGACUACAGCUAUGGCUAUGGUCAGAGCUAUAAUCAAGGAUACAUUGAAAUGGAUGCCAAUUGGUCGUCGUCCAACGAUACAGACGAGCUGGAACAGCACAGGUCGUCCCCCGCCAGGCAGGAAGAGCCAGUCCGAAAGUCCAGUCCCAAGCCCAGGGCAGCCACCUCGCAGCGCAAGGAGCGCACGGCAUUCACCAAGUCGCAGCUCAAGGAGUUGGAGAGCGAAUUCUGCUUCUCAAACUACCUGACGCGCCUGAGACGGUACGAGAUCGCUGUGGCCCUAGAACUGACGGAGCGGCAGGUGAAAGUCUGGUUCCAGAAUCGUCGCAUGAAGUGCAAACGCAUCAAGCUGGAGGGAGCAGGAGGAGGAGCUAUAGGAGCCACCAAGACGCACUGCUAGUUUGUACAGGGACAUAUUUUUAACACAACUUCUCUUACAAAUGUUCGCUUACUAAGUAAUUAGAGUAAAAUGUAGUUUACGAUU